AUGCCCAAGUCUUUACAACGGCGUUACAUCAAGGUUAAAGAGCCUCUCUUUGAUCAAGAGACGUCCAAGCGUAUCUACUGGCAGGAAAUGCCUUUUGAUAACAACGACGAAGUUCACGACCAUGAUCACGGAUAUGUUGUUGGCCACAUGAAGUUGGUUAAUGGUAAGAGUAUCGUUGAGGCCCCCGUUCUUGACGAAGUGGAGAUAGCAAAGGCGAGGCGUGUUCUGAUUCAUAUCCAAUCACAUGAUAGACCGGUCAUGAAGCUAUACCUUUGGGAUCAGGCUGCAAGAGACUUCUGUAAGAAGUUUAAGUCGUACGAGAGCACACCCACUGUGUUACUGGUCACGACCGUUAACACGAAGACUCUCGAAGGUACUCUUGCCUUGACCUCAAUGUCCUCUUCGCGUGUGUUUAUGGACUACGAUGUCCAACCUACCAUAGAUUACUUCAGUUGGUUGGGGUCUAAUCCAGAUAUUGCUGAGCAGGUUAAUGCAGAGGUAGUAACUAAACGUGAGACAAUGACUAUAGGGGAGAUAUUCUCCUACAUCAAGCAGGAAACCGCAAAGGAUGCCUUUUUUGAGUGCACGGCUACACUCGAUGAUGUCGUGCAUGGUUCUGCUUGGUACUACAUUGCAUGCAGUGGGUGCCAUAGUAAGGUUAGCAAAGGCCCAACUUCGUUGAUUUGUACAAACAAAAAGUGUGGGAAGGUUAACGUAUCCGGUGUGGCACAGUACCUUUCAAAGAUAUCUGUUUAUGACAACAGUGAACAAGCUGUUAUUGUGCUACUUGGGGAUGCUGGUCGUGAGCUCACUGGGAAGCCCACAUCAGAGUUAGUUAGAAGCUAUUUUGAGGCUAAUGGGAACGAAGGAGUUAACCAUGAGGCGCCUGUUCCGGAAGCUCUGAUCAGCACCAUCGGUCAGAGGCAUAAAUUUUGUGUCAAAGUUAUAGAGCAUAACUUCUCAGGCAAGACCCGAUCUCUUACCGUGACCAAAAUCCUCCCUCUAGACACUCCACCAGCGACAGAGUCUUCGGAAGGUAACCAGACUACUGCAGCAUCGGAGGAAACAUCCAUAAACCAUGUGGAUUCUGCAGAGGGGAGUAAGAGAACUUGUGACGGUACUGAGCUAAAGAAAGCUAAACGCCCUAAGCGUGGGGACUAG